AUAAAGACUGGCGAGGGUCUCAGACUUCAGGGAUGUUGCAGUGCUGUGGUGUUGGAGGUGGCGCUUCCACGGCACCUCAGGCUCCGCAGCUGCACGGUACCGGAUCCGCUGUCGGGGCUACCACCUCCACGAGAACCACCAUUAUGCAGGACGCAUUUCUCGAAUCCAUCCUGGAGAAAAUGCGGGAGACGGAAGCCCAGCGAGCGGAACUGGAGAGGCAGCAUGCGGACACACAGAACCAGCUACGGGAAAAGAUAGCAGGACGCUAUCAGGGUCCGGAAUCGGUUGAGGUGUUGCAAUCGAAGAUCCGAGAGCUCGAAACGAAGACCGAGUUGGCGAUAGUGAGGCACGAGGAAUUGUCGUUGGAGCUGACUACUGUGAGACGUGCGCGCAGUAGGGGGCCGAUCGUGGGACAUGUCACGUCCACGAACGCCCCUACAUCCACUUGGCCGCCAGCCGGAUCUGAGAUUGAUAGACUCAUGGCCAAGAUUGAGCAAGAUAAAGGCUCCGUCAGAAUAUUGCAUGAAUUGGACCUCACACGGGGCGCGAUAACCACGCAGCAACCCUCGGUCACGCAAGGAAUCCUUAGGUCCAGCUCGGAGAAUCUUCCCAACCUCGGCCAGCAUCAGCAUCCACCUCAUCCGCACGCCCUCAACCUCGGGAUGCCUACCCAGAUGAGCCAUUAUGCAGGUUCACCAAUGCCAUUAACGCCGAUGAUGCCUGGUUGUCCUCCUCUGACGCCGAAUGGACCACCAUAUCACUACAGCGAACCGAUACCGCCGGCACCGUCACUUUCCAGCAGUCAAUCGCAGCCCGCUUUCCAGCAGAAAAUUCAACAGUACCAGCAACAGUCGCAGCAUGAGAUGUCGAGUUCUCAUUCUCAAAGCGUUCUACCAUCCCAACAAAAACAGCAGCAAACGCAUACCUCACACUUCACAAGCAAUCAGUAUCAGGAGAGUUACCCACAUACGCAAACGUAUCAGCAACCGCUUCAGCAACAGCAGCAGCAUCCGGCCUCGACCACGUACCUGACAUCGGCUAGCCAGAGCGUGAUACCUCACUAUACACAGCCUGCCCAGACCGCCCAGAAUUAUCAGUUGAAUGGGAGUCAACAGGCAACGACAUAUCCUAGUUUGUCCAUGGCCUCGCAUACAAAUGGAACGUACAGCACAGGUGCGACCAGCUACAACACCCCGUUGCCGCAUCAUAAUUAUACCGUGCCGCAGACGAACAUUACGCAGACAACGUUGUCCUCGCUGCCGCUGUAUUCCACCACGUCCUAUCAUUCCACCCUUGGGGGACUCACGAGCGUACCUCAGUCCGUUCUUCCUUUUUCCACCGGUCAGAGCACUUUCGCUACCAGUGGAUCGACAUACUCCACUACUGUCGGGACCAACGCUUUCGGGACGUCGGGCGUAAGCUCAGGUACUAGUUCAGGAGGCCUGUUACAAGCAAUAGGCGAUCCUCUGCAAGCGAUGCAGCAACUCUCCGCCCAGUCGCAGGCAAAUCAGCUUCAGCAGCAGGCGAUUAUCCAACAGAUCCAGCAGAGCUUGCGCGCCAGUUCGCCGACCGCGCCCGGUACCGCGACCGGCUACCAUUUUCUGGGUCCUAGGCAAAUGCCGAAGAUUCCCACGAGUAUACUGACGAAUCCCCUGGACCGACUAACCAACACUGAGGACAUUGUAUCCGAGGGUCAAGUGGACAUGUUGGAUGUACCCGGCAAAGGCAGAUGUUAUGUUUACAUAGCUCGCUUUAGCUACGAGCCGUUCCAGCACUCGCCGAACGCGAAUCCAGAAGCGGAACUACCGGUCCAGGGUGGCGAUUAUCUCUUGGUUUGGGGUCAGCCCGACGAUGAUGGCUUCCUAGACGCGGAGACGCUUGACGGUAGACGCGGUCUGGUGCCCGCCAAUUUCGUACAGAAGUUGAUCGGAGACGAUUUGCUGGAAUUUCAUCAAGCUGUUCUUGGCCUCAGGGAUGUAGACGAUUCCGUCUCGACAAAUAUCCCUCAAUGUUAUCUGCAAGAUAUUGAUUUAGAAUUAGCCGCGUUAGAAGAAGGAAAUCGGAAUCGUCAAGCAGAACUAUCCGCGUAUGCGGAACUCGACAAUAUCGCGGAGGAGGAUGAGCAGGAACCACCAGUUCCGGCGCCGCAGCACCUUACGCUUGAGCGGCAACUCAAUAAGAGCGUGCUGAUCGGAUGGACCGCGCCCGACAAUACGCAUCAACUCGAGUCCUAUCACGUCUACGUGGACGGCGUGCUGAAAGUCACGGUGAAGGCUACAGAGAGGACCAGGGCCUUGGUGGAAGGAGUCGAUUCUACGCGGCCGCACAGAAUAAGCGUACGCUCGGUCACGCACUCGAGAAGAACGUCGCGUGAUGCCGCUUGCACGAUGGUGAUCGGUAAGGACAUUGCACUGGGCCCGACUGCCGUCAAAGCAUCGAACGUCACGGCGACUAGUGCUGUGAUAUCCUGGUUACCCAGCAACAGCAAUCAUCAGCAUGUUGUAUGCGUGAACAACGUGGAAGUGAGAACCGUGAAACCGGGCGUCUACAGACACACCAUCACCGGCUUGGCCCCGUCAACGAUAUACAGGGUGACUGUUAAGGCGAAGAACCUGCGGGCGACGCAUUUUGAGGAUCAAAAUGCUCAGGCAGCAAAUAACUUGGCCUGUCACGUCCACUUUAAAACGUUGCCCAAAGGAUUACCAGAUCCUCCGGUCGAUAUCCAGGUGGAGGCUGGACCGCAGGACGGCACUUUGCUAGUGACCUGGCAGCCUGUUGCCCUAAACGGUUCGGCCGUCACCGGUUACGCGGUGUACGCUGAUGGUAAGAAGGUCACCGACGUUGACAGCCCCACCGGGGAUCACGCGCUCGUCGACAUACACAAGCUCAUGGGUCUCAAUCCGAAGCACAUCACCGUCAGGACUAAAAGUAGGGAGAGUCAGUCGGGCGAUAGUUGCGCAACAGCGAUACCCUGCAGCGUGCUUCGGGGUGGUCCCGGCACUCACAUGCCGCCACCCCAUGGACUCCCGCAUAUGGUGGAUCAGCGGCAACCGCAACAGUCUACUAUGGGUCCCCAGCAGGAUGAUCCCAAUCGCCAUCGCAUGGCCAGCGGUGUAGCUCAGCGAUAUCCAAACGCACCGGUGCCUUCGCACAUGCGACGACACGUGGGCAACAGGGUAGACGCCCACGGGCAGGUUAUCAUCGAGACGGAUGAGAAUCUCUCCGACAAAGAGAUUUAUCCUGGACAAAGCAUUCCUCAGAUGGGAAUUCCGGAAAUUACAAAAGAUUCUGCAAGCGAAGCAAAUUAUAGCGAGGAGGACGAUCCCACGCGAAGAUCGCGGGGAAUGCCACCACAGCAUCACGGUCCGCAUCAUCGGUAUGGCCCACAAAUGGAUCCACAGGGCCCGCCUGGAGCACAUAGGUCUCCUAGCAUGGGUGGUCCCAGCAGUAGACCACAAGAUCCUUAUUAUGACCAAACGGGAUCUCAAAGGGGAAGAGGAGUUUAUCGUGCCGGACGAGUACCACAGGCUCAAGGUGGAGCAAGUCAUCCAUCGAAUGUAGCUCAACAAAUGAAUAAGAGACAACGGUGGUUCGUGGCACUAUUUGACUACGAUCCUACGACCAUGUCACCAAAUCCAGAUGCGUGCGAGGAGGAAUUACCAUUUUCCGAAGGCGAUACCAUCAAGGUAUAUGGCGAAAAAGAUGCUGAUGGUUUUUACUGGGGCGAGUGUCGUGGUAGGCGAGGAUAUGUUCCUUAUAAUAUGGUGGAGGAGCUUAAAGAUCCACCAGGUCAAGGGCAGCCUGGUAGGAGGGGACCUGCACAGAACGAGAGAUGGGGAGACAUUUAUGCAAGCAUGCCUGUGAAAAAGAUGAUAGCCCUCUACGAUUAUGAUCCUCAUGAAUUAUCUCCUAACGUUGAUGCUCAAGUCGAAUUAACGUUCCAAACCGGGAACGAGAUAUACGUCUAUGGCGAUAUGGAUGAUGAUGGAUUUUACAUGGGCGAGUUGAAUGGCGUGCGCGGUUUAGUACCGAGUAAUUUCCUCACUGAGGCACCCGGACAAAAUCAGGGACAACCGCCGCAGGGUAGCAGGCGACCCGGCGGCCAGAGCCAAGGACCGGGCGCGAGGGGGCCACCGCCACCUCCUCGCGAACCACCCCCGGCCGGUCAUCGACGUGGCAAAGGGGAAGGGGAGGGGCGGCGUGGUCAAUCGGAUCGCUGGUAGUAACAUGCCGGGUAUGCAGGGCCCGGGCCAGCACCUCCAACAGCAGGACUAUCAAGGCCAGCAGCAAAUGAAUCAACCAU